AUGGAAGGAGAUAAUAGAAGGAAGGUCAAAGCAGAGGAAGAACCAAUUGUUCGUUACAGAGGUGUGAGAAGGCGACCAUGGGGAAAAUUUGCAGCUGAAAUCCGUGACUCCAGGAACCAUGGAGCUCGGGUGUGGCUGGGAACUUUCAACACAGCUGAAGAAGCGGCACGAGCUUAUGAUAAAGCUGCGUUUUCUAUGAGGGGUCCCUUGGCCAUUCUUAACUUCCCUGAAGAACAUUUUUCAUUCAAUGUCAGUUCUUCCACUUCUUCUUCUUCCUCUGCAUCUACCUCUUCCUCUUCUUUUUCUUCUUCUUCUUCAUCAUCACCAUCCUGCUCGUCAUUUUCUACUUUAACAAUGUGUCAGAAUGCGGAAAGAAGCAGUGGCGCUGAUGCGGGGAAAGAAGUUUUCGAAAUUGAGUGCUUGGAUGACCAGUUGUUGGAAGACCUUCUUAAGUUUGAAGAAGACAAGGGCAAGAAUGAAUGA